AUGGAAUCAUCGCGGCAGAUUCAGCUUGCUGCCGAGUACAAAGCCGUAAAUUGUUUUAAAUUUUUCAUGAUGAACAAUCAAAGCAUAAAUAGCUCUACUGUAAGUGAUGCUUGCAGUGGUGGCAGUACAGAAAUUAUAGAAAUGGUCGAUCACAUUGCGCAUUUCCCUUCUUACAGCAUUGAUUCCGUAAUUCGCCAUCAUAACAACGAAGCAUUCGAUUACUUGAGGUCCAGAGCGGGCAUGAACAUAUCCUUUGUUGCUGCAUUCAGGUAUUCCAACUUUAUUGUCGCACAAAAAGGAAUUUCCGAAUUAAAUCAUAUCAACGAAUUCGAAUCUGAUGACAGCAACCUUUUACUUGGACCAACCGUAAGUGAUAACUUGUAUUUCUUCAAGAAAUUCCUUGAAAACGGCACAGAAAUUAAACAAAUUAAUUACAUCAACAAAGCCGCCAUUCAUUCAUCAUUUGACAUUGUUAAAUACCUUGUAGACAAUGGUAUCUAUCAAGUAGAUUCUAUUACUCUCCCUGAUAAAUGGUCCCCACUCCAUUACGCAGCGAAUUCAGGAAGUUACGAAGUCAUCAAAUUUUUGGUCGAAAAAGGCGCCGACAUAAACAGGAAAGAUUCAGACGGAAACACUCCUCUGCAUCUCGCAUGCCGUUCAUUGGGAGACAAAGAGUCUAUUCUGUACAUGCUGGACCACGGAGUUGAUCCGAAACUAAAGAACAACGAAGGACAAACUCCUUACAUGAAAAUCGAAACUGAUGGAGAUAUUGGAUGCGAAAUUUUGGAAGCAUUCAUUUCAAGGAAAGCAGCAACAAUUGAAACAAAGAAUGAGUUUGGAUUAACUCCUCUAGUUCGUGCAGCACAAAGCGGAAACCUCAAACUCGCGAAAUUCUGUAUUUCUCAUGGCGCAGAUGUUGACGCAAGAGAUCCAACACAUCAAAGAACAGCUCUAAUCUUGGCAGCAUAUAAAAACGAUGUUCCAAUGAUUGAGUUGUUGUUGGACUAUCUCGCAGACAUUGAAGCGAAAGAUGAGUAUGGAAACACUGCAUUUCUUGAAGCUGUUGAAUUCGACUGUCCUGAUGCAAUUUAUUGUCUGCACAAGCACAACUGCAAGACAAACUUAAUCACACCAGAUAACUACACUCCAAUGAUGAUUGCUGCGAAAUACGGAGCAUUGAAAUCGUUGGAAGCAUUAGUUAAAAUUGGUUGUGAUAUAAAUUGGCAGCGUCCUAAUGAUAUUUUCACAGCUUUAGAAAUGGCAGUUAAUGUUGGAAAUCUCGACACAAUUAAUAAACUGAUUGAUCUCGGCGCAAACAUUGAAAGAUACGGAAAAGUCCUUGUUUCUAUCCUUCAUUCUGCUGUUUACAGACAAAACAUUGAUGUCAUUAAGCUUCUUGUUAAAAGAGGUGCAAAUAUCGAAGAUAAAUGCAGAAAAGAUGGUGCAACACCUCUUUAUGAUGCAUAUCAGUUUGAUAGAAUUGUUUCUUUCGAAUAUAUGUUGUCUAUUGGUGCAAAUCCAAAUGCAAAGAACAAAAAUGGAGUUUCUAUUUUGUUUGGAAUUUGCGACGAUGAACAAGUUGAGUUUUUGAAAGUUCUCGUUAGAUAUAAAGUAAACGUUAACGAGAUCUCUCAACCAGAAGGUGCAAAUGCAUUGGCUCCUUGCAUCCAUCGCGAGAAUCCAGAGAUGGUUAAGAUCCUUUGCCAGGCCGGAAUCAAUGUAAAUCACAAAGAUCCACUUGGAAAUUGUCCUCUUUUGUACGCAGUUCAAUACGGAAAUGCCAAAAUUGCAAAGAUCCUUAUGGAAUAUGGAGCACAUCCAGACAUGCCUAACAACUACCACAUGACACCAAUGUUUCUUGCAAAGCAAUAUUCGAAGACAGAUCUAAUCAACAUCAUGGAAAGAACUAAGCAAAAGUAUAGAAAGUAA